AUGGACAAUUUCGAUGAGUUUGACCAUCAAGCCAUCAUAAUAUGGUAUUGUCAAGAAUUUUAUUACAAUGGAAUGUAUCAGCAGGCAAAAAAGGCUUCUCAAGAUUACCCAAACAAUGAAAAUAUUAAAAUAUUACUCUCAGUUUCUUAUUUGUUAACAAACCACCCCGAAGAAGCUUUGCAGACAGUAGCUAAUUUAGUUGGCCAUGAAGAUACAACGCUACCAGCAUUGUUGAUCCAGAGUUACGUUCACCGUUCAAACAACAACAAAGAUCGAAGCUUAGUUUCUCAGAUCGACGCUCAGAUUCGCGAUGACCGGCGUAAGGCCACAGUCUCUGGUCUCACCAGAGCUGCGUUGGUAUUAUUACUGCUCAAGAAGUUCGACAAGGCUAAAGAUUACGCGGACAGAGCUUACAAAUUAAGAUCAAAUGAGCUCGAGGUGCUGAUAAUUAGCGGGUGGAUUGAUUUGCACUAUGACAAGGGUAAGAGUAUCAAUUACUUCAACGCUGUAUCUAAAGAGCACAGCAGAAAACUAAUUGUGCUUUUGGGUACAGCGAAGCAGUACGAAUUGAACCAAGCUCACGAGCAGGCUAUUUUAAUUCUCAAUGCAUUAAUAGUCCGAUAUCCAAAAAUUUGUCUGCCGUUAGUUGAAAAAAUGUACAAUCAAUUAGCGUUAAAAGAUUGGGAUCAGGUUAUCGAGACUGCAAAUAGAAUUUUAUCCAUCGAUUCUAACAAUUUGAACGGAAUCAAAGCCAAGAUUGUCGUUGUUUUCAUUCGUAAUGGUGAUUACACCUCUGGCUCUAAAGAUAUCCAGUUAUAUUUCCGCAGUUUGUUGUUAGCUGAGCCCAAAAACACAGAAAUAAUUAUAAAUAACAUAAAAUUGUUUACUUGUAUAAUAAAUCGUGAUGAAGAAAUUCUUCAAGAAUUGAUAAAAGUAAUGGAAAAAUUAAUCCAGCAAAACUCUGGAGCCAGCGAGCCAAUGAUUCAGCUGGGUAAUAUUUUUUUACUGUUGAAUAAAAUAAAAGAAGCUGAGCAUUGGUAUCGCAGCGCGAUAAGAAUCGACGAGUCUUCAUUUUCUGCAUUAAUGGGCCUGGCUCACUGUCAAGUAUUGGACCCAACACCAGGUUCUAAUGAUCUCGCUCGUCAGCAGCUUGAUUUUCUCAUGGAAAUCCAAGCAAACUCUCUAGACCCACGUCUUCAUUUUAUGUCCUCGCUAUUGUGUCACAACGAUUCAAUCAAAGCGUUAAAUUACCUCAACAAGUCCGUGGAGUUAAUUUUAAAAAGCAUUAAAAAUCUUUCUUUUGGUUACAGAUAUUUGCAAGAACUAAACCCAGAUUUUUGCCUAGAAAUAGUCAAUCACAAUUUGACUCACACACCAACAUCCAGCAACACUGGACCAAGAGAUAAUGAAAGCUUAACAGUAGUCUUAUUGAACAAAGUCGUAGAAGCCUGUCCCGGUUUUGGAGGCGCUUUGCUGCUGCUUGCAAAGGCCUCAAUGCAAAGCGGCGACUUUGAAGAAGCAUUGGCUGCUUUAAAAAGGCUUCUGGAUUCAGUGGAGCCUUCAAACGCGUCAGCUCACCUGCUGAUGGCUCAGAUAUUCACCCGGCAAGGUGACUAUCAAUCAGCGUCUGCUAGCCUUGAAGUAGGACUGAGCUACAACUUCAAAGUCCGCGACGACCCGCUGUAUCAUUUAAUCACCGGGAUGGUAGAGCGGAAAAACGGUAACUUGGAGCUAGCAAUCACGAGUCUACGCAUGGCGUUGACUCUUAUUGACUCCAGAGAUUCUACAAUUACUUUAUCGCCUUCUGAUAAAGCCACUUUGUACUUGGAGCUAGUCUCGGCUUUUAGUGAGUUAAAAAAAUUCGAUGAAGCCGCGGCGUUGAUGACUGAAGCUAAAAUGAUGUUCAUUGGCACUGUGGAGGAGGGUCGCGUGAUAAUUGGCAAUGCAGAGCUUUGUUUGAUGACUGGAGAUGUUGAUAAAGCGAUAAGUUAUUUGAAUGACAUCCAGCCGGACCAGCCGUACUAUCUCCAAGCUCAUACGAGGCUUGCUAAUAUUUAUUUGCACCAACGGAAGGAUCGUCAUGCAUUUGCUAAGUGUUUUCGCGAGCUGGUGGACAAUUGUCCGGGUCCUAGGACAUUUAGCAUGCUUGGAGAUGCUUACAUGGCGAUCCAGGAGCCGGAUCGCGCUAUUGAAGCCUAUGAAGAGUCGUUGAAGAGCAACCCUGAUGAUAAAUUACUGGCGAGUAAAAUGGGAAAAGCUUUGGUUAAAACUCACCAGUACGGCAAGGCUAUUAAUUACUACAAAGAAAUAGUUAAGCACAAAUCUUGUGGGGAUUUGAAGUUAGACAUGGCGGAGUUGUUCAUGAGGAUGAAACAUUUUGACAAAGCAGAAGCGGUUCUUAUUCAGGAAUUGCAGGACGGGAGGACGGCUACUGAUUUAGCGAGCUUGGAAAUUCGAGGAAAACAACUUUUGAUGCUGGCUAAGGUUCGGGAGAGAGCGGGUAAUAUUCAACUGGCUAUUUCGACCCUGAAAGAGGCUAGGGAAAAUCAGGUGAGGUGCAUGCAGAGAGCUUCUAUUGGACAAGGUGUUACGGAUCAGAAGCAACUGCUUGUUGAAAUUUGUCUAACUCUUGCAGAACAUUCUACUGCGAUAAGAGACUUUGAUGAGGCUAUAGGGUAUUACAAAGACGCGUUGCAACAUCGUCCGAAGGAUAUUAAGGCUUUGUUGUCGCUGGCUAAGCUUUAUAUGCAAGUUAAUGAUCUUGAUAAAUGCGCACAGAGUUGCACUGCCUUGUUGAAUGCUGAUCCGAAUAAUGAAGCCGCUUCUGUGAUGAUGGCUGAUCUUGCUUUUAGAAAAGUUGACUUUGAAACUGCCGCGUUUCAUUUUAGGCAGUUGUUGCUGAGGAAACCGACUUACUGGACCGCUUUGGCGAGGUUGAUUGAAGUCUCUAGACGUACUGGUAGUAUUGAGGACUUGAACGAAUGGAUUACAAGGGCAGAAGCCGCUACAGAAGGAGCUCACGAAGCUGGGUUCUAUUACUGCGCUGGUUUGUUGGAUUGGAGAACGGGAAAGUUAAAUUCUGCGUUGAGAAAUUUUAAUUCUGCCCGUCGGGAUCCAGAAUGGGGUCAGCAGGCAAUUUAUAAUAUGAUUGAAAUUUGCUUGGAUCCUGAUGACGAUUCUGCUUUGUCCAGUGAAGCUUUUAAUGAAGAAGAUGCUGAGUAUCAAGACUCGAGAACUAUGGCUUUAAAAACAGCGGAAAGAUUGUUACAGGAAUUAAAUCCAAAAGGAAGUCCGCAUGAAAUUUUGACUCACAGACUUUUGAGUAAUUUUUUUUUACUAUCAACUAAAAUAAAAACUAAAAUAGAGCAAGCGCUGCAAGACUGCACGGCUUUGGCGAGCCAAGAGACUCUUCGUGAUCAUGUAGGCCCGGCAUUGGGUCUGGCUACAGCUCAUAUUUUAUUGAAACAAACUCCUCGGGCGCGUAAUCAUCUUAAACGGGUAUCUAAAAAUGUCUGGACCUUCGAAGACGCUGAGUAUCUGGAGAGAUGCUGGCUUUUAUUGGCUGAAAUUUAUGUACAGUCGAAUAAAUACGACUUGGCGAAUGAAUUAUUGAGGAAAGUAAUUCAACACAAUGCGACGUGUGUUCGUGCUCAUGAAUUGUCGGGUAGUAUUGCGGAAAAAGAACAGAAUUACAAAGAAGCUGCGGCUCGGUAUGCUCAAGCCUGGAAAUUUGGUGGAAAAACAAAACUUUCAACUGGUUAUAAGUUAGCGUAUUGUUGUUUGAAAAGUAAAAAAUAUGCGGACGCUAUUCAGGCGUGCAAUCAGGUUUUGAAACAAAAUAGCGAUUAUCCGAGAAUUCGUAAAGAUAUUUUGGAAAAAUCAAUCAACAAUCUCCGGACUUGA